CUUUCUGUGGGAGCGGGAUCCUCGUUGCCCACAUGAGAACAUAGCAGCUGGUUUUGUUUUCAUGUAGCACAAACAUGAAAGGAUGAAUGCCAUGUUUGUAAGAAAAACGGCCGGUCUAAUUGAAGCCAACGGAGAACUCAAGGUCUUCAUAGACCAGAAUCUUAGUCCUGGAAAAGGUGUGGUGUCCUUGGUAGCUGUCCACCCCUCUGCAGUGAACACGCUGGGGAAGCAGCUGUUGCCAAAAACAUUCGGACAGUCCAAUGUCAACAUUGCACAGCAAGUGGUAAUUGGUACGCCUCAGAGACCUGCAGCGCCCAACACUAUCGUGGUAGGAAGCCCACACACCCCUAACACUCACUUUGUCUCACAGAACCAGCCUUCAGACCCCUCACCUUGGUCUGCCGGGAAACGCCACAGGAAAGGGGAGAAGAACGGGAAAGGCCUAAGGCACUUCUCCAUGAAGGUGUGCGAGAAGGUGCAGAGGAAGGGGACCACGUCCUACAACGAGGUGGCCGACGAGCUGGUUGCAGAGUUCAGUGCUGCCGAUAACCAUAUCCUACCAAACGAAUCCGCUUACGACCAGAAGAACAUAAGACGGCGAGUCUAUGAUGCCUUAAAUGUGCUGAUGGCCAUGAACAUCAUCUCUAAGGAGAAGAAGGAGAUCAAGUGGAUUGGUCUACCCACCAAUUCGGCUCAGGAAUGUCAGAAUUUAGAGGUGGAGAGACAGAGGAGACUUGAAAGGAUUAAGCAGAAACAGUCUCAGCUUCAGGAGCUCAUCCUGCAGCAAAUUGCCUUCAAGAAUUUGGUGCAGAGGAACCGCCAGGCGGAGCAGCAGGCCAGCCGGCCGCCGCCCCCCAACUCCGUCAUCCACCUGCCCUUCAUCAUCGUCAAUACCAGCAAGAAGACCGUGAUCGACUGCAGCAUUUCCAACGACAAGUUUGAGUAUCUCUUCAACUUUGACAACACGUUUGAGAUCCACGAUGACAUAGAAGUGCUGAAGCGCAUGGGGAUGGCCUGUGGGCUGGAGUCCGGAAGCUGCUCUGCUGAAGACCUGAAGAUGGCUAGGAGUUUGGUGCCGAAAGCACUGGAACCCUAUGUGACAGAGAUGGCUCAGGGAUCAAUCGGAGGGGUGUUCGUCACGUCAUCAGUUUCAACCUCAAAUGGCACAAGGCUCUCUGCCAGUGACCUGACCAAUGGUGCAGACGGCAUGCUGGCCACGAGCUCCAGCGGGUCUCAGUACAGCGGCUCCCGGGUGGAGACCCCUGUGUCCUACGUUGGGGAGGACGAAGAGGAGGACGAUGACUUCAAUGAGAAUGAGGAGGAGGACUGACGCCCGCCCGUGGCCCGCCCUCACGGUCUACAUCGGGAACACCGCUUUCGGAAGAGACUGCUUCUGCCGCGGGCGUGUGUUUCUUCCUGGCCUCCUCCCAAGGAGCCAGCGGUGAGCUGAUGGCGCGGCCGUGCGGCCCCACUGAGCAGGCAAGGGCUGUGCUCCUCGGGGUCCUGGGGGGAGCUGUGGUGCGCUUCCAUGCCAGCGGCGACACAGGGCCUUUCUUCACUGUCUAGGAUUUUGUUUUCAUUGUCUGUUUCUCAUUCAGAGUUCGCUUUGCCCCCCAAUUCUUGCUGAGUGUGCCGAAGCCGUGUGCCCCAUCCACGUCGCGACAGUAAAAUGCAGUGUGGCCGUGGCUGGUGCACCUGGGCACCAUGUGUCUGCAGUGUGUUGGGAGCGGCACAGCUGCUGGGGGCAUGUGGCCCCCUCCUGAUGCCCCCACCUCUUGGGGCGUCUGGGGGCCCGGCAAGCAGCAGGGCUAUGCUCCUCAGCAUUCAGCGCCAGAAACUGUAUCAUGACUUUAUUUACCCUUAAAUUAUAUUGACUGUGUGAUUCCAUCAAGUUUAUGCCUUUUUUUUUUUUUUUUUUUUGCUCUAUGUUGCAGCAAACAAUUUGCAAAGUUCUUUCUUUGUUUUUGUUUUGUUUGGUAAAAGUUUACUGCCGUGCUGGUGCAGCUGCGACAACUGUGGAAGGCUCGGAGCACAUUUGCUCGUGGGAGGUCCGCCUGAUUUCUUACAGGCGGGGUGUGGAAACUCCUGUGUAGUCGUUUACAUACCUACACGUCUGUCAUCUAAGGACACGAACUGAAACAAACGUUAUUUGUUUCGUGAGCAUCUUCCUGUAAUCUAUGAUGAAGUUGACAUUAAAUAUAGAGAAUGUUCUAACAGUUUUUUAACUCAAAAUUUGUCAAUCAUUUUUAAUAGUUCUUUUUUUAUAAAAAGAAAAAGGAAUUUCAGGACAGGCAGUAUAGUCCCUUUUAAAAUUUAUUCACAAAGAACCAUUAACCGCACAGUUGCUGUCAGCUGCCUGUUCUAAACAAUAGUCUUUUUAUUGAAACACAAAUAAACUUUUCUGUAAUAUUUUAUGGAAUAUAAAGAGACUUUAAUUGUUUGACUUGUUUAACUUGGCACUGUUAGUUUUUAUUAAUAAAACGCGCAUGGGCAUUUUAAACAC